GAGCUAUCAUGCUCUAGAUUUCGCAACAUCUGCAACAAACCAGCAUACACCACCCCCUCCAACAUUCAACAAUCGCAACAAUGGGCUGGUUCUGGGGUUCCUCGUCAGACGAUGACGACAAAUCAAAGGACCCCCUCCGCAAUCUCGAUCCCAGCUUACGAGAAUUUCUUAAGAAAGAAUCACCAGUGAAAUACGACGCUCCUAAUCCACCAGCACAAGCACCCGUCACAUCAACACCUUCGCCAACCGAAGGUCUCCUCUCCAAACCUCCCGCCUCUCCAGAAAACGAAAAUGAAAGCUCCGAGCCCAAAGUGCCCCCACAGAGCCUGUAUAAAGACGGGCGGUAUGCACAUCUCUGGAAAACAUACCAGUCACAGCACGACGUCGAAUCAGCGAGUAAAUCCGACCAGGAGAAGAUAGAUGAUGUGCUGGAGGGGUACAAAUACAGGAAAGCGGAAAUUGGGCGUGCGGCACUGGAGAAUUGCGCGCUGGAGCAGUGGGAGGUCAAUGAUUGUUUCCGGAAUGGCGGGUGGGCGAGCAGGUUGACGAUGUGCAGGAAGGAGAAUAGGGAUUUGGAAAGGUGUUAUACUAUGCAAGGGAAAUUCCUCAAAGCACUAGGCUACCUCUCAACCUUCGACCGCCCCCCAGAAGUCGACGAACAAAUCCAAAUGCACGCCGAUACACUCUACCACCGCAUGCUCGACCAAGAAGCCGCCAUCGAAGCCGCCAAAGCCUCUGGGGAACCGAUCCCGGAGUUCCCACCCCUCCUCUCCUCCACAAAAAAGAAAUCCUCCCCCCAACCCGGCACCACGCACGCCAACCUCGACGAGAAUAAACUCAAACCCUCAGAUCUCCCGCAGAAAGUACAAGCGGCGUUCAAGAAGCGGCUAGAUGGUCUGAGUGAUGAGGAGCGGGAGGUGGAGGAGAGGGCUAUCAAGGCGGAGAUUCAGGCUGGUGAGCAGGUUGCGCAGAGUCUGGGGAAUAUUUAUGAGAGGCAGGCGGAGGAGAAGAGGAUUAGGAAGGAGCAGGGGAAGGAGACUAUUGGGGAUAAGAUAUCGUCGGUAUUUGGGUUUAGGUGAGGCGAAGGGGCGGGGGGAUUGAUUCGCAAAGAGGGUGUAUUGAUAUCUUAAAGAGAUGGGAAGAUAAGCACAUGUCUGAGCUUGAAUAGGGAUGUAAGAGAACACAAGGAGACUCAGUGGGCAGUGAGAAAGUUGGGAUUAUGUCCUGUUGUGGAUGUCUUGAUACAUGUUUGGAGUAUGUACAAGUAAAUUGGGGAUGUAAUUUGGGCUGUACAUAUCUGGAAAACUAGGUCAUGCUGGAAUGCAAUAUUCCUCUCCCGAUCUAAAUGCCAGUCUUUGACAUUACUUGCCCAUAGGCGAACCUUCACUUUACAUGUAAGUUAGAGUUACGAAUUCAG